UCGUACGCGAGUUCAGCUCUCGCUUCUCGACGACGAAUAAGCUUUUCCGAGCACCCUCGUACACUCGACUCGCGCCACUCUGCUCGCUCGGGUUAGCGAACUCGAUAGUUUCACGAAGGAAACCGGCAAGAGAAAAAGGUCGCCACCAUGGACGCGAUCAAGAAGAAGAUGCAAGCGAUGAAGCUUGAGAAGGACAACGCGAUGGAUAAGGCCGACGCCUGCGAGGGCCAGGCCAAGGAGGCGAAUAUGCGCGCCGACAAGGUCAACGAGGAGGUCAGCGAGUUGCAGAAGAAGCUAACUCAGGUGGAGGGCGACCUCGAGUCCAACAAACAGAACUUGGAACAGGCGAACAAGGACCUGGAAGAGAAAGAGAAGGCCCUUACCAACGCCGAGUCCGAAGUCGCCGCUCUGAACCGAAAAGUCCAACUGAUCGAAGAGGAUUUGGAACGCUCCGAGGAACGACUCAACACCGCCACCGCCAAGUUAGCCGAGGCGUCCCAGGCUGCUGACGAGUCCAGCCGUAUGUGCAAAGUAUUGGAAAACCGUGCACAACAAGAUGAAGAGAGGAUGGAUCAGCUGACGAACCAACUGAAGGAGGCGCGUCUGCUCGCUGAGGACGCCGACGGAAAGUCUGACGAAGUGUCGCGAAAGCUGGCCUUCGUUGAGGACGAGCUGGAAGUCGCGGAGGAUCGAGUAAAGUCCGGCGAAGCCAAGAUCAUGGAGCUGGAGGAGGAACUGAAAGUUGUCGGUAACAGCUUGAAGUCUCUCGAGGUUUCCGAGGAGAAAGCUAACCAAAGAGUCGAGGAAUUCAAGCGACAACUCAAAACUUUGACGGUGAAGCUGAAGGAGGCGGAAGCCCGGGCCGAAUUCGCCGAGAAAACCGUCAAGAAACUGCAAAAGGAGGUCGACAGGCUCGAAGACGAGCUGGGCAUCAACAAGGACAGAUACAAGUCGCUCGCCGACGAGAUGGACUCCACGUUCGCCGAACUGGCGGGAUACUAAACUGUUUCGUCCGUUCUAUGCUUCGUAUAACGAUCGCAAUAUCACGCGUGGGGAUGGAACUACGAUCGCUACGCGCGUAGGACCUCGAGUACUCGACCCAUCGUUGCGAGAACGACGAAAGAAGCAAGGGGCUGAGGACACGUCGAAGAUUGGAUGUUAUUUAUCUAAAUUAUGCUACGUUUACGCGACGUCGUUGGUCAAUAUAUCAUGGAGAUCGUACGAAAAUUUUACUCUGUUACACUGUUGUACCAAAUAUUACACGAGACCCAAUAAAACUGCUGAAAUGUGG